GUGCCGAUGCAGUGUCUGUUUCGCAAUCUGUGAAGUCAACAUUGCUUUCGUCUAUCUAAAAGGCAAUUUUCAGUGCGGUGGGUUUUUCUUAAUAAUUAAUAUUAGCUUUUAGCAGUUUAAGUACUUUCUUACAUUACCGUUGCUGAAGAUAAACGAUCGAAUAUGCCACCGAAGAAGCCUGCGGCUGGUCCUUCGAAAAAGGCAGAGGCCAAAAAGAAGGAGAAAAUUAUUGAGGACAAAACGUUCGGUUUGAAAAACAAGAAAGGGGCCAAGCAGCAAAAGUUCAUUUCCCAAAUCGAGAAGCAAGUCAUGAGUGGCGGUCAGCAUAAUCUGAACCUGAAUCCGAAUGCGAAAAAAGAGGAAAAAGAAAAGAAGCUGAAAGAGCAAAAGGAGCUGGCGGCGCUCUUCAAGCCAAUUCCUACGCAAAAAAUCGAGAAGGGUGUCGAUCCCAAAUCGAUUCUUUGUGCAUUCUUUAAACAGGGAACCUGUACCAAAGGUAACAAGUGUAAAUUUUCUCAUGAUUUGUCCAUUGAGCGGAAGGCCGAAAAGAGAUCCAUACAUGUGGAUAUGCGCGAUAGUGAACAAAAUGACACGAUCGAAAAUUGGACCGAGGAAAAGCUGGCGGAAGUGGUAGCGAAAAAGCACGGAAAGGAGAAGAAUAUGCCGACUACUACUAUUAUAUGCAAAUAUUUCCUCGAUGCUGUUGAACGAUCCCUCUAUGGUUGGUUUUGGGAGUGUCCGAAUGGAGAGAAGUGCAUCUACCGACAUGCACUCCCGCCAGGAUAUGUACUGAAAAAGGACAAAAAGAAGAUGGAAGCUUCUAAGGAGGAGAUUUCCCUGGUUGAUUUGAUUGAGACGGAACGGGCCGCGCUGGGUCCUAACCAAACCCGAGUAACACUGGAAACGUUUCUGGCCUGGAAGAAACGUAAAAUUCAAGAGAAAAAGCAACGCGAGUUGGAUGAAGAAGAGCGCAAACGUAAGGACUUCAAAGCUGGUCGACAGAACGGGCUGUCGGGUAGGGAGAUGUUUAGUUUCAAUCCUGAUCUGGUUGAUUUCGGUAUGGAUGAGGGUGAAGACGCGAUCGAUAAUUACGGCCGGAAUGAGGAUGAGGACGACACUGUUGAGUAUAAGGAGCUGGAUUUAAAUAUGCUUUCAUUGUCGAUCAAAGAGGUGGAUAACACUGGUACCGUUGCGGAUACGGAUCGCUGGGAGAAGAUGAAAGUCAGUCAACAAACGGCGAUAACGAAUGGAACGUCGUCCGAUGAGCCCUCCGUGGAUGCAUCUGCAGCGGCUGGCGGGGUGGCCGAUGCGGCUCCGAUCAACGAAAAUCUAUUUUUGGAUGAAGAUCUGGAAGGAAUUGAUGAUGAACUGAGCGACGAUGACGAUGAUGAUGACGAUGACGGCGACGAUGAAGCAGAGAAGAGUGGAAAAUCGUGAUACGCGAUCCAGUUAUCAGGUGACUAAUUCUACUGGAGCACAAUCAUUAAAUUAGACUGGCUGCUGUUGUAACGUGAGCUUUGAAAGUCCGAUACAUAAUUAAAUGAUAAACCGUUAAAUUUUUGCGAGCUUUUUUGUUCGUGUCGAAGCCUCCCCAAAUUCUCAGUUGUAUUUUUAUGGAACAACAAUAUCUAGUAUUAUUAAGGAACUUGGUUUUAUUGAAAAAAAAAAAAACAUGCAAAAGUCAGAGAAUAUUUGCUGUUUACGAAAAGUUGUCCUGAGACUUCAACCAAAUCAUUUUAAUUUACUUCUCCUAGAUUUCUUUUAUUAUCGCUGAUCGUGGUUGUUGAUUUCGAUACUGACGAAAUACUCGACUAAAAAUCGACUAGACUCGACUAUUGGUCAAUCAGUAAAGUGACUCUAGACUCUUCCUGUGUAAUAGGGAUGUGAUAAUAAUAGGCCAUACUAAUUUUAAGUUGAUUCUUCGGUACUAAUUUUGCGGUGAGUUCCUAGCAUCUUUCGACUAAUUUUUCUCGUGAUUUUAUAAUAAUGCAUCAAAGGCAUAAAGGGCAUAAAGGACUUGAUAACUCGCGAUUGAUUGAUUUGAUUGAUUGAUUGUUGGUGCUCCGAAAAUGCGGGUGAUAAAAUCCCACCUCUUCUGAAUCCGGCUUCAGUUAUUCCACAAACCUCCCCGUGACAAAACGUAGUCAAAUGAAUGUCAUUCGGAUUGAGUACAAUUUCUCGUAAAUGUAAUGCAAAAAGACAGCUGAUUUCACAAGUUUUUAUUUCCAUAUAUGCUGUAUCUUCUAGCAAUAGCUUAAGUUACAUAUAAAUUGGUACGAUACUCUUGCAA